GAUUAUACACUUAAUAUUUAUGAAGUGGCAACGAUUGUGUAUGUGUUGUGAAUCAGCUGUUGUUGUUAUUGCAAUAAUAUUCAAUAAUAAUUCCUAAAAUUGUACACAGUGUGAAUAGUGAUGAAAAUAUACGAACAUAAGUGAACCUAAUAGAUUUUAAUUGUUUGUUUGUCUUCAGGCUGUUUUCCGUUAAUUCUUUAUAAUAAAAGAGCCAAAAAGAAAUUGAACAAUGAACGAUUGAAAUGAGCUCAAAAUUGUUACAAACCCACAUUGAGUUCAGAAUUCUAUAAUCAAACCUUUUUCUGUCAUUUUCAUAUCUGUUUAUUACAAAAGUAUAAAGUAAAUUAGCAAACUAAAAUAUAACACAGUAAAACUAAUACUAUUGAUAAUGAUAAGUUAAUAGGCCAGAUAAUAUACUAAAAAAAUAGAAAAACACUCCAGCAAAGACUGUUUUUGACCAUUAGAAUUAGAAUUAGAUAAAGAAUUAGAUCAUUGAGAUCAGAUUCCAGCACUAUUUUAUGGGCGAACACAUAUAUUAUUAUUGAGGGUAGUGGGAACAGAUAAUGUCUAUAUGAUCCAUUAUCUACAUAACACCAAGUGAGCUCUGAAUUUGCCUUUCUAACUUAGGGAAAAGUCAUCAAUCAUUCCCUUUAUUUUUGUAUAUGGGCACAAGUGUACUGGUGCUCCGUUUCGUAGGGAUCACUUCUUCUUGCAGCAGCUUAUUGAAGAUUAAAGUCUGCCGGGCUCAAAAAUCACAUAUGGAAAUCAAGCGGAAGAUCUUCCCUUCAAAGUUUAUAAUAUUGCCCCUUUUACCAAAAUCAGCCAAAUCGGUCCAGCCGUUCUCGAGUUUUAGCGAGACUAACGAACAGCAAUUCAUUUUUAUAUAUAUAGAUAGAAGAUAGAUACAUUGAGGUGGCGAAUUGGGACAAUAGAAAUUAGAACUUUUACUUACUAAGUUCACAGUUCUAUGGGAUCUAUUCGCUAUUGUUGUGUUUAUCAGUCGCAGUCUCCACUUAUAAAACGGAUACAAAGGCAAUAAAGAAAGUAAUCUGUAUUCGCGUUGUGAUGUCUCAACUUGGAUAACAGAAGGAUCCCAGUUCAUAUGUACAGCAGCAAAAAGAAAACUGAAGCUAAAGAUAAAAUGGAUGAAAAAACGAAAUUCGGUACAAUGACUUAAGCGAUAGCAAAAAAAAAAGAAAAAAAAAAAGAACAGUUUCUCUUAUUGAUAAACGUAUCUGUGAUUUGUAACAUUCAAACGAUCUCUGAAUUAUUAUUAUUAUUAAGAAUUUUUUUCAAAAGUGUUAGUGUUCCAUCGAAAUGCCGGCCAUUUUGUCGAAAAUUCGCGAACAAGCAACGCGGGUGCAACCCUCGCUCGCACUCGGCGUGGGCGUAGGGGUGGCGCUAGCCGCGUGCGCCGUUUAUUCAACAAGAGACAAGAAACAAGCCCCACCAUGCAACAAUAACAAUAAUUAUAAGAUCUUGAAGAACGGUAAUAUUCACACGGAAGAUAAUGUCAAGACGAACGAAACUUGUGGGGGGAGGUGCGGGGCGGAGCAGUGCGCCCUCUGCAGGGGGGAAGUCGACACCGACAACAAACAGAAUAUCGAAGACGCCGACGAAACCCAAUCAAUCGAGGAGCACGUCCCGGGUCUCAACCUCGAAUUCCUCAGGCAGCUGAUCUCACUCGCGAGGAUCAUGGUCCCAGGGUUCAGGAGCCACGAAGUAGCUCUACUUACAGCUCAUACUCUAUGCUUAUUUUCGAGGACCUUUCUAUCGAUCUACGUCGCUUCCUUGGAAGGGUCCAUUGUGAAGCACAUAGUCCAAAAAGACAUGCGCAGUUUCUCGUCGUUGCUGAUGCAGUGGUUCGGCAUUGCCAUACCGGCUACCUUCAUCAACUCCAUGAUCAGAUACCUCGAGAGUCGAUUGGCCCUGGCCUUCAGAACCAGACUGGUCAAUCACGCUUACGAGCUGUACUUUAAAAACCAGACCUACUAUAGGGUCGCUAACUUGGACGCUAGGAUCGAAAACGCUGAUCACAGGUUGACGGAAGAUGUCUCCGUGUUCACGCAGUCCGUGGCGCAUCUCUACAGUUCGCUCACAAAACCUUGCUUCGACUUGCUGCUGAUUGUCCUCACUCUGGCUUCGUACUCCAACAAGAUGAAAGGAAACAUAUUCAUUGGUCCCGGGAUAGCAACGGUGGUGAUAUGCGCGACCGGACAAGUCCUUCGUAUGCUCAGUCCGAGGUUCGGUGCUUUGGCCGGGGAGGAGGCGAGGAUGCGCGCUAACCUGCGCCAUGUCCACGCCAGUCUCAUCGCGCACGCUGAAGAAGUCGCCUUCUACGGAGGGCAUAAGGUGGAACUAGGACAGCUGCAGUCCGCGUACAAACAGCUGGUCGCGCAAAUGACUUCGGUGUUCAACAAGAAACUGUGGUACGUGAUGCUGGAGCAAUUCUGCAUGAAGUAUCUGUGGUCCGGCACCGGAAUGGUCAUGCUGGCGCUGCCCAUACUCACGGGGACUAAGGAAGGAGGUGAAAGCAACAGCAUCAGCGCGAGAACAGAAUACAUGACCACGUCCAGGAACCUGCUGAAUUCGGCUGCGGACGCCAUCGAGAGGCUCAUGUCCAGUUAUAAGGAGGUGGUGACGCUGGCGGGGUACGCCACGCGCGUGUCCGACAUGCUGCUGGUGUUCGGCGAGGUGGCGCGCGGCCGCUGCGUGCGCGCCGUGCACGUGGCGCCGCCGCACCAAGCCUUCCAGGUCACCUUCCGGGACAACCAGCCCGUGCCGCAAGGCAAAGUAAUGUACACGGACGACUUGUCGAUAAAGCUUCGCAACGUGCCGAUAGUGACCCCGGCCUGCGACGUGGUGGCCGCCGGCGUGACCCUGGACAUCGCGCCGGGGACGCACCUCCUCAUCGUUGGACCCAACGGAUGUGGGAAGUCCAGCUUAUUCCGAAUAAUCUCCGGUCUGUGGCCGGUGUUCGGCGGCGAGCUGUCGGUGCCGCGGCCCUGCGCGUGCGGCCACUGCGCCGACGAGACCAACACCAGCGACGCCUGCGCCUCGCGCCCCAUCAUGUUCUACAUACCGCAAAGACCGUACAUGUCGGCGGGCUCGCUGCUGGACCAGGUGACGUACCCGUCGCGCGCGGCGCCGGACGACGCGGCGGCGGAGGAGCGCGCGCGGCGCAUCCUGCGCGCGGUGCGGCUGCACGCGGCGGCGGCGCGGCUGGGCGGGCUGCGGGCCGUGCGCGACUGGCGCGCCACGCUCUCCGGCGGCGAGAAGCAGCGCCUCGCCAUGGCCAGGAUGUUCUACCACAGGCCGGUGUACGCUCUGCUGGACGAGUGCACGAGUGCCGUUUCCAUGGAGACGGAGGUCGUCAUGUAUGAGGAGGCUGUCAAGGAGGGCAUCACGCUACUCUCAAUCACGCACCGACCGAGCGUGUGGAAGUACCACACGCACGUUUUGGAGUUCGACGGCGCCGGCAACUGGUCGUUCCGGAAGCUGGACAAGGAGAGCGCGGUCUCCAGCCCCGCCAUCAACAGCGCCGCGACCAGCACGCCAGCGGAGCCCCCCGCCGAACACUAGCCAAGUCUCGACACGUAUCUGACAGGAACGAUGACAAAAUGGCGCGGUUUUAUUUUUCAAAAUGGCGCGGUUUUAUUUUUCAAAAUGGCGACUGACGUUUCUCCAAAGCGUGGACGUGAAUCAACGCAAUUUAAAAUUAUCGAUUAUCGAGAUCUAAUUGAAAUUAAAAUUAUACGAAAUAGAGGAGAGGGGGCUACAUUAAAAUGUUUUGAGGUGAAGCUGUUGAAAGACCGUAAAAUCGUUUCUUUCUGAAUCAUCAGGAAAUCGGGACGAACUUGAAAGUUGUUGUACUAUGUUUUGACUUAUUGACAGUGUCCAAAACAGCACACGGUAGAACUGUUCAAUAGCAGCACCCUUUUUUUAAUGUACGGUUAGAACAUUCCAGAAUGCUGUAGAUAAGACUUGGCUAUACGUCAUUAGACCAGAGUGGUUAAAGAACGCGAAGGAGUGAAGCACACAGGAGGCAUAAUGAAUUAAAUACUUAAAAACUUUAGUUGAUUUUAAACCUUAUCUCGAUAAGUUUAGGUGCAUUUUCCUUUGAGGAACUAUUUUACUUAUACACAUUUUGUACUCAACGUACGAAUACUAGAUAUGGUCGUCAUGUGUGUUCUAUUAUUAACGAAGUUAUACAAUUUUAAACAUUACACCGGUAUGUUUGAAGUAUAAUUUUGAAUGUACGCAUACCGGAGGAGUAUAUGGAAGCUUAAAACGUCCCGAAUUUUGCGUAUCACAGUAAUUUAAUAAAUGUUUAGAGAUUUGUAAUAAAAGAUGUAAUAAAUGUAAGUAUAGAUGUAAAUAUAUAAAAAAAACUAAAAUUUAUGCUUAUGAAAAUAAUAUGUAUUUAAUGAACAAUAACUUGAUUAUGUGUUGUUUUUAGUGAUUCUGAUUAAGUGAUAAUUUAGAGAUUAAAUAUGACAUUCGUAAAAGCUAUUAAACUAACGAAUAUAUUAUAUAAAAAACAUACUGUACUGAAGCAGCCAUGGUAUUGCAAAAACAGAUAAUAUUUACAGUACAACGGCUGUCCUGUACCCUUCAAACCUUACUGCUUCUUAGAAAUAGGCAGGGUAACGGUACCUACCCGUGUAGGCUCAUAAAAUGCCCUUCCACUAGUAAAAGUGUUAUAAGUCAGCAGUUCCUAACCUGAAUACGAGAUUACAACACCCUAUAUAAAACUAAUGGCGUAAAUCCGCAUAUCUUUAUUUUUGGUUUUCAAUUAAUAAUAAUAAUAAUAAUAAAACAUUUAUUUCAGAAAAAAUCCAUAAAAUAAUAAUAAUACAAUAGUCAGCACACAAACAUUUCAACAAUACAAAUAGAAAAUGAACAAUAUACUAAUUCAAUUAAUUAAAUAUACAAAGGAAAUGAAUUAGAAACACAUAAUUAUAUCAAUACAGUAGUAACCACUCUAUGUCAAUAUUAGCUAUCAUUAUGUCAAUCAGUCAAUUAAUUUGGAGAAAAAAUAAAAUAAAAAGAAAAUCAUACACAUUUCAUAAUGAAGAGUAAAAUAAUAAUAAGGAUAUGUCAGUCUUGUCCGGUAAUUAUACACAUCCAUUUAUGUUGGAUCGGACAAUCAGCGCGAGAAGCAAUCAUCCCGAGGAUGCCAUUACUACUGUCUCUCACUCGUCUUAAAAAAGAGGCAACCUUUUUUCGGAUUAUAGCUUGAUAGCCAUCCGUCCGGGCAUCAGCAAACAUUUGCGACGCACUGCAGUAGGGAGGCAGCCGCAAUAGCACCCUGAAGAUGUUGUUAUAUUGAGCGCGCAGGACCCUGGCAGCCCGUUGAGUAUGAUUCACCCAUAGACUGCUGCUUAAUGUUAAGAAAGUCAGCUCCUGUCCCAUGAUAAUAAUUUAAGCGUGAAAUUACAAAGUGUAUAGAAAGAAUAAAUCAAGGAAUUCCAGAUAUUGUACUUAUACAGUGUGUAGCAAAAAACAUCAGCAGUGUGCUUGGAACGUUUGCGUACGUUUGCCGCUAGGGGCGCUGUUCCAACUGCAUACAAAUUCGAGUUAACUUUUACUCUAUCGAGUACAUUAAAAGACUCGCACUAAGCACUGGUCCGGUUAAAUUUUGAAGUUGUUACUUUAAAAAACUUGAACGUCAAAUCGAUAUGUUUUAUAGCUUAGGGAUGUAGAUACAUUAUGUCGAAUUUAAUCAAAAUAACUUUAUAAAAUCAAUGAAAAAUAAAAAUAAAUUUAAAAGAUUCUCAAUAACUAAAUAAAAUAAGAUGUUCUAAGUGAGUUGACUUGAAAUUUGGAAUUAAAUGUCAUAUUUUAAUAUUUUGAAAAGCGCGGUAGUAGGUAUCAGUAGCCUAGCGCCGCGCGAGGUCAUUCACCUCCAGUUGUACGUAACUUUUAUUGUGAUCUUGUUCUACUUAAAUAUUUUUUCUUAAUCAAAGGCAAAGGGUUUAUGUGAGUAUGACUAUGACAUGUAUGAUACCGAAAAAAAAAAUUUUUAAUUCCUGCCCGAGUAUAUAUAUUUUAGAAUUAGUUUCUGAAUGAGAUUAUCAAAGUGGCUGUUGAUUUUGAAUGUGUUUUUUUUUCAUAAAAUUAAUUACAUAUUAAAUUAUAUUUUUUUCGUGGAAAAAAAAAUAAAUAAACUAUAUUUUCUAUUUUUACUAUUGUGUAUAGUGUAAAUAUAUCUAAUAGGAUACAAUUUUUUUAUGGCUGUCCAAUCGGGAACGAUAAAUGAAAUAAAUGGGUUUUUUUAAUA